ACCAUCAAACUUAGAACUUAAGUGGAGACUAGAGAGUAGAGUUUUUUUUUUUAUUUAUUUUAUUUGAAGGAAGACUAGAGAGUAGAGAGUAGAGUAAGUACGAAGUAUAUCAUAAAAAUUAAACCUAAGUACGAAAAUGGAAGAAAUUCUUUCAAAAAAUGGAAGAAAUUAAUUAAAGUAUUUAUUUAUUUUUAUAUAAAAAAUUCUAUUCCGAUUGAAACGUGUAAAUGGCCGUCGACCGUCGUCUUUCCCACGCUAUAGGGGGUUGAUUCAAUCCCAGAUUUCCCCUUUUUUCUCUCUCUGUCCCCCCUUUCUCUUUCUCUCUCUUCCCUCAAAAUCUCAGCAAAAUUACUCAGAAAUAAAAUCCAAAUUUCUGCAAAAACCAAAAAAAAAAAAAAAAAAACCCCUCUGCCACAAAUUUCUCAACGCCAAUCUCCUCUUUUGUUUCUGCCCAUUUAUUCAUUUGAAUUUCCCCCUAUUUUUCAUAAUUUUUACCCCUUUUGGCUUUCAAUAUUAAUCGAGCUGAAGUUUGCAAAAUCUGAAGCUGCCCUUUUGAAUUAAUCAUAAUUUUCUGAACUGGGGUUCUUGAAUUUCUCACUCUUUUUUUAAUAUUUGUUUGUCAACAGUCCAGAUUUUGACUCCUCUGAUAUCAUCAAUUUCUGGGUUUAAUUGAAGUUCCUGGGUUUAAAGGGUGACUUCAUGAUAGUAACUGUCUAAUUUUCCCAGAAAUCCAGUUUCAGAUUUGUGAAUUUUUGAGAAAAGGUGCCUAAAUUUGAUGCAAAGCUUCGUUCUUCUUUCUGGCUAUUCAACAUGUACCACGCUAAAAAAUUCUCGACAGUGAGCUUGGUGCCACAUAAAACACAAGGGAGUGAGCCAGUUGCAAAUGCUGGAGCCAUGGGAAAUUCUUCCAUGAAGAGCUCAACACCUCCUGGGGGAAGUGGGAAACAACGGCUAAGAUGGACUGAAGAUCUUCACAACCGUUUUGUAGAUGCCAUCACGCAACUUGGUGGACCAGAUAGGGCAACCCCUAAAGGAGUUCUAAGAGUGAUGGGUGUACCCGGACUUACCAUCUACCAUGUGAAAAGUCAUUUACAGAAGUAUCGCCUUGCUAAGUAUCUACCGGAGUCACCCAGAGAUGGUACAGGUUCCAAGGAUGAAAAGAAAGUUUCUUUGGAUGGUUUAGCAAACGCAGAUUCUUCCCAGGGAUUACAGAUUAAUGAGGCACUUAAAAUGCAAAUGGAGGUUCAGAAACGUCUUCAUGAGCAGCUUGAGGUGCAAAGGCAGCUGCAAAUGAGAAUUGAAGCGCAGGGGAAGUAUCUGCAGAAGAUCAUAGAGGAGCAGCAGAAGCUGGGUAGUGUCCUAAGAGCUUCUGAAACGCUGCCAUCAUCCAACAAUCAAGAAGAGGAAAGAGAAAAAUUGGCAGAUUCUCAGCCAGGUAGGGAAGCCUCACCAGGCCCCACAUCUCCUCGGAAGAAGCAGAAAUUGGAUUAUUCAUCAAGCAACAUCGAUACUCUCUCAGUUCCUUUAGAGAAUAGUCCGAAGAAGGCUCUCCUCGACCAGUGGGAUCGGAAUCUAUAUGGCUCCGCUGCUGGGUUUGGGCUCGACUUAGAAACAGAGUUCAAUAAGCAGGAAAACAAUGAAUGCGAACAAAGAAUUCCAUCAGAAUUGGAUUAUCCAGGUAGUUCUAAGUAGGGCAGAAGCGCAUUUAGAAAUUAGGGGCACUUUAAUACUGCAUCAUUCUUGCAUGCCCACCUGUUUUGUAAAUAGUAUUAUCAUCAUUAUACACAUUUAUAACAAUGUAACUUGUAGUUGAUUUUGUGUAAAUUAUUAAACCUUUGAAGUUGAAGUGUCAUAUUUGAGCUUUGGAGCUGAAAA